AUUUGCCUGCAGAAACAAUUAUUCGGUGAAUGUCAUUGUAUACAUAUUUUGUACAUUUGUGUGAGUAUACCUGUGGAGUCUAUGUUAAUAGGAUAUAACUAAAUUGAAGAAACGUUUGAGACGGUCCCACCUUCAGGUUACAUUUGACUUAAUAGAUUAUGAAGACCUGAGAAUAAAAGGGGAAGCAGAAAUUGAUUUAGAGGAGAAUGAAAAGGGGGAACAGAAAUAGACUUAUAGGUAGGAUCCACAUGACUUGAUGAUUACUUGGAUGUGUGUAUUUUCUGAGCAGUGUUGGGGUGACUCAAAACUGUUAUGCCUAGGUAAUGAGAAGAGUAUUGGAAACGCUAAUACGGUAGAGUUAAAAAGGGAAACAAUUGUGGAAAGAAUUAUCAUGGUUUAGUUAUAUCCUAUUAACAUAGACUCCACAGGUAUACUCACGCAAAUGUACAAAAUAUGUAUACAAUGACAUUCACCGAAUAAUUGUUUCCAAAAUAUAUUGGGGCAAAAUAAUAUGAAUUAAUGUGAAUAAUAUGUAGUGAAUAUCGAAGAAGGUGGUCUCGAAAUUGCUGAACGGGAAGUUGAGGUUAAGAUGACCUGAAGGAGUUGUGGAGUGGGAAAGAGUGAAGGGCCUGGAUUGUAAUAAGAGGGAAGCAAAGGGGAUGGCGUCCCUCUGCACAACAAGGUUGUUGUGCAAGGUUAACCUGCCCUGUCCCCUGCCCUGUGGUUGCUGGAUGCUGUUGUGCAUAUACAGCUCUCCAGUGGAUUCGAUGGGCCAUAGCAAUCCUGUGAUUUAUGCAUGGAGGCUGCUUCUCCUCGGCAGCCGCCAUAGCCCGGUCACUGGUACAUGGUUCUUCCUGAAUAGGCAAUACUGUUAUACUGAGUCUUUAUGCUUGGCAUAAUAGUGCAGUGAUUCUUAAUCUUUGGGGAAAGUAGAGACUCCCUAAAAAAACACAGUAAAAGCAACAAAAUGGUUCAGCAAGUUCCAGAAAACAUAAAUUUUCCUGCGGAAGAAGAGAAAAUCUUGGAGUUUUGGACUGAAUUUAAUUGUUUUCAGGAAUGCUUAAAGCAAUCAAAACAUAAACCAAAAUUUACCUUCUAUGAUGGUCCUCCUUUUGCGACCGGACUGCCUCACUAUGGACAUAUACUUGCGGGUACAAUUAAAGAUAUAGUUACAAGAUAUGCUCACCAGAGUGGGUUUCAUGUUGACAGAAGAUUUGGAUGGGAUUGUCAUGGCUUACCUGUGGAGUAUGAAAUUGAUAAGACACUGGGAAUCAGAGGACCAGAGGAUGUGGCCAAAAUGGGGAUUACAGAGUAUAACAAUCAGUGCCGAGCAAUUGUGAUGAGAUAUUCUGCUGAGUGGAGGUCUACUGUUAGCAGACUUGGCCGAUGGAUUGACUUUGACAAUGACUACAAAACUCUGUAUCCACAAUUCAUGGAAUCUGUCUGGUGGGUCUUCAAACAACUCUAUGAUAAAGGCCUUGUUUAUAGAGGUGUGAAAGUCAUGCCCUUCUCUACGGCAUGUAACACUCCACUGUCCAACUUCGAGUCACACCAGAAUUACAAGGAUGUUCAAGAUCCUUCAGUAUUUGUAACUUUCCCUUUGGAAGAAGAUGAAACUGUAUCUUUAGUUGCUUGGACAACCACUCCCUGGACUCUACCUAGUAACCUUGCUGUCUGUGUUAAUCCAGAAAUGCAAUAUGUGAAGAUUAAAGAUGUUGCCAGAGGGAAAUUAUUCAUUUUAAUGGAAGCCAGAUUGUCAGCCCUUUAUAAAUUGGAGAGUGACUAUGAGAUCCUUGAAAGAUUUCCUGGUUCCUAUCUUAAAGGCAAGAAGUACAGGCCCCUGUUUGACUAUUUCAUGAAGUGUAAAGAGAAUGGCGCUUUCACUGUGCUUGUUGACAGCUACGUGAAGGAAGAAGAAGGCACAGGGGUUGUCCACCAAGCUCCUUACUUUGGUGCUGAUGACUAUCGGAUCUGUAUGGACUUUAACAUUAUUCGGAAAGACUCACUCCCCGUUUGCCCUGUGGAUGCUUCAGGCUGCUUCACAGCGGAGGUGACAGAUUUCGCAGGACAGUAUGUGAAGGAUGCUGACAAAAGUAUCAUCAGGACUUUGAAGGAACAAGGCCGACUUCUGGUUGCCAGCACCUUCACUCACAGCUACCCUUUUUGCUGGAGAUCAGACACUCCUCUGAUUUACAAAGCGGUGCCCAGCUGGUUUGUGCGAGUGGAGAACAUGGUGGACCAGCUCCUAAAGAACAAUGACCUGUGCUACUGGGUCCCAGAGUUGGUACGAGAAAAACGAUUUGGAAAUUGGCUGAAAGAUGCACGUGACUGGGCAGUUUCCAGAAACAGAUACUGGGGCACACCUAUCCCACUGUGGGUCAGCGAUGACUUUGAGGAGGUAGUAUGCGUUGGGUCAGUGGCAGAACUUGAAGAACUGUCAGGAGCAAAGAUCUCAGAUCUCCACAGAGAGAGCGUUGACCACCUGACCAUUCCUUCACGCUGUGGAAAGGGAUCCUUGCACCGCGUCUCUGAAGUGUUUGACUGUUGGUUUGAGAGUGGCAGCAUGCCCUAUGCUCAGGUUCAUUACCCGUUUGAAAACAAGAGGGAGUUUGAGGAUGCUUUUCCUGCAGACUUCAUUGCCGAGGGCAUCGACCAAACCAGAGGAUGGUUUUAUACCCUGCUGGUGCUGUCCACGGCCCUCUUUGGACAACCGCCUUUCAAGAAUGUAAUUGUGAAUGGGCUCGUCCUGGCAAGUGAUGGCCAAAAAAUGAGCAAACGGAAAAAGAAUUAUCCAGAUCCAGUUUCCAUCAUCCAGAAGUAUGGUGCUGAUGCCCUCAGAUUGUAUCUGAUUAACUCCCCUGUGGUGAGAGCAGAAAACCUCCGCUUUAAAGAGGAGGGUGUGCGGGAUGUCCUUAAGGAUGUACUGCUCCCAUGGUACAAUGCCUAUCGCUUCUUAAUCCAGAACGUUCUGAGGCUUCAGAAGGAGGAAGAAAUAGAAUUUCUCUACAAUGAGAACACUGUUAGAGAAAGCCCCAACAUUACAGACCGGUGGAUCCUGUCCUUCAUGCAGUCUCUCAUUGGCUUCUUUGAAACUGAAAUGGCAGCUUAUAGGCUUUAUACUGUGGUUCCUCGCCUGGUCAAGUUUGUGGAUAUUCUGACCAAUUGGUAUGUUAGAAUGAACCGCAGAAGAUUAAAGGGUGAAAAUGGGAUGGAGGAUUGUGUCAUGGCCCUAGAAACCUUGUUUAGUGUUCUGCUUUCUCUUUGCAGACUUAUGGCUCCCUACACACCUUUUCUCACUGAAUUGAUGUACCAGAAUCUAAAGGUGCUGAUUGACCCUGUUUCUGUUCAGGACAAGGACACACUCAGCAUCCACUACCUCAUGCUGCCCCGUGUUCGAGAAGAAUUGAUUGACAGGAAAACAGAGAGUGCAAUGUCUCAGAUGCAGUCUGUGAUUGAACUUGGAAGAGUGAUCAGAGACCGAAAAACCAUUCCCAUAAAGUAUCCUUUGAAAGAAAUUGUGGUUAUCCAUCAAGAUGCAGAAGCUCUUAAAGAUAUCAAGUCUUUGGAGAAGUAUAUCAUUGAGGAAUUGAAUGUUCGAAAAGUUACACUGUCUACAGAUAAAAACAAGUAUGGCAUUCGGCUAAGGGCAGAACCAGAUCACAUGGUCCUGGGGAAGCGUCUGAAGGGAGCCUUUAAGGCAGUGAUGACGUCCAUCAAGCAGUUGAGCAAUGAGGAACUGGAGCAAUUCCAGAAGACUGGGACCAUUGUUGUGGAAGGCCAUGAAUUGCAUGAUGAAGACAUCCGCCUCAUGUACACCUUUGAUCAGGCCACAGGUGGGACUGCGCAGUUUGAAGCGCACUCAGAUGCUCAGGCUUUGGUCCUCUUAGAUGUCACUCCUGACCAGUCAAUGGUAGAUGAAGGAAUGGCUCGGGAAGUCAUCAAUCGCAUACAGAAACUUCGCAAAAAGUGCAGUCUGGUUCCAACUGAUGAAAUCACAGUGUACUAUAAAGCGAAGUCGGAAGGAAGAUAUCUGAAUAAUGUUAUUGAAAGCCACACAGAGUUCAUAUUUGCCACCAUAAAGGCUCCCUUGAAACCCUAUCCAGUUUCUCCAUCAGAUAAAGUCCUUAUUCAAGAAAAAACACAGUUGAAGGGAUCUGAACUGGAAAUUACACUCACCAGAGGAUCUUCCCUUCCUGGUCCUGCUUGUGCAUAUGUCAAUCUUAACAUUUGUGCAAAUGGCAGUGAACAAGGUGGAGUAUUGCUCCUGGAAAAUCCAAAAGGUGAUAAUAGGUUGGACCUUUUAAAGCUGAAGAGUGUUGUCACUAGCAUUUUUGGUGUGAAAAAUACAGAGCUGGCUGUCUUCCAUGAUGAAACAGAAAUACAAAACGAAACCGACUUACUGAGUCUUAGUGGAAAAACACUUUGUGUGACUACGGGAUCGGCUCCCUCUCUGAUCAGCAGUUCUAGUACUCUUCUUUGUCAGUAUAUCAACCUACAGCUCCUGAAUGCAGAGCCACAAGAGUGUUUAAUGGGGACAGUGGGCACUCUCCUGCUUGAAAACCCGCUUGGGCAGAAUGGACUCACCCACCAAGGUCUUCUGUAUGAAGCAGCCAAGGUGUUUGGCCUUCGGAGCAGGAAGCUAAAGCUGUUUCUGAAUGAGACCCAAACUCAAGAAAUUACAGAAGACAUCCCCGUGAAGACUUUGAAUAUGAAGACUGUGUAUGUUUCUGUAUUACCAACAACAGCAGACUUCUAGCAUGCACUUAUCAAUGUUGUUCAGUCAACCUUUCCCUGAUUACACCCAUCCCGUGCACAUAUGUGCACAUAGACACACACAUGAACACACUGAAGAUGUUUCCUUCAGGUGCAUGUAAAAUAUGCUGCUUGGAUUGAAAUACAAAUGGGAUUGAUUAGUUAAGUAACUUGAGACCUCACAGUAAUCUUCACACUUAACCUUAGACACCUAUGCAGUCAUGUUGGGAGCAGGUUACAGUGUUACCUCAGCACCACAGUUUAUUUCUAUACUUGAGUUCUUCAGUAUAGAAGGUAGAAGUGAUUUAAAUGGCAUAGCAUAUAUAUCAUUUUCUGGCCUCUUAAAAUUUGAGACCUCUUGAUGAAAUGGACAUAUUAUAUAUUUCUGCCACCUGGAUUUUCCUGGAUAAUUUGAUGGAAUAUUUUAAGUUUCAGUAAAUCAGAACAAUAAACAAACUCAGAUAUAAA